CCGUCAUUUACCAUUUACCUCCAGUCGCCAUCGGACUCGGUUACAGUCAGACAGGGAUCCCUGCUCCCGAUUCCCUAAACUCUUCCCCUUUUCCUCUUUUCCCUGUGCGCUCUGUGCUGUUUAUAGCUCUCUUUCUUUGUUUGAAACAAGCUUUUAUACGCUGGUGCCUGCGUUGCCAUGGAAUGAAGGAUCUUCUGCGUUGUUGUCUUUCUUUUGCCCAGGUUUCAGCCACCACGGAUAUCAAUCGACCUCAAGUCGUCCAACAACUUGAUCCUCCUCGGAAUCUCUGUUGCAUCCGUUUGAAGAUAAUCACUUUUGCAGGUUCUCAUCCUUAAUCAUCGGGUCGUUCGCCCGUGAUAUUCUUCCUGUCAGCCUGCGAAGAUGGCGCAGAAGAUCGAUUUCAAUGCGCUCAGAGCGCGCACGUUGGGAUCCGGGAAUGAUGAAGAGGCGGUUACAGUGGACACAAGGGGUUUGAUCUCGAAGGUUCUUGCACGAUACUCAGGCAAAUGGACUGUUCUGCGCGAAAUGAUACAGAAUGCCGCGGAUGCGAAUGCCAGGAAAGUCACUAUCAAAUUCGAGACUAUACCUUCAACCACGGUACCCUUGCCUCCAGCUCCCGAUGAGAACACCCUGAUCAAGCAUACGAUCUCCCAUCAUACGCUCAAACGCCUCCUCAUAUCGAACAACGGUCUUCCUUUUAGUGAAAAGGAUUGGUCAAGGCUGAAGCGUAUUGCUGACGGAAAUCCCGAUGAAACUAAAAUUGGAGCAUUUGGCGUCGGCUUCUACAGUGUCUUCGACGAUUGUGAGGAGCCUUUUGUAUCAUCCGGAAAGGAAGCAAUGGCCUUCUAUUGGAAAGGAAACGCACUUUUUACACGCCGAUUACAGCUGAACGAAGACGCCAAUCCCGAGACCACGUUCGUUCUGGACUAUCGCAAUGACUCCACCCCAAUCCCUUCGCUGAUGCAGUUAUGCCAGUUCUUAUCCAGUAGUCUUACUUUUGUCAGCCUCGAAGGUAUAGAGCUGUGGCUAGACGACUGGAAAGUGCUGCAACUUUCCAAAAAGACAGCCCCAAGUGUUGACCUUGUCAUUCCAAGAGACAUCGACACAAAGACGCCUCACGGACUGAUGAAAAUCCAGUCGGUUACUCGGGAGGUUGCCCAGGUUGACGCUGAGUGGAUGCGAGUUGUCGAAUGGAAACCAAAUGCAAGCAUUUUCAGCGAGGGCCUCCGUGAUACUACAGGCUCGUUACGCACCUUCUUCUCACGACUCACCGGCCAAAAAACCUCGGAAAAGCCGUUGAAGACCGAAGUCAAUGACAAUACAAGCGACAUCAGCGAGAUGAUCAAGACCUCAAAGGCAUCUGUCUUCCUUCACAUCAACACUGCUAGUAUUCAAGCGUCUGUCAGUCAAUCAUUGAGUAGUGAACUUGAAAGAGCAACUCGGAAACCACCGCCGAAGAAAUCGACAAUCGCUAUCUUGACACCUUCAUAUGAUACUACUUUAGCCUCCAGAGCGUCCGGCCUGGAGUCGGAAAUUCUUGCCUCUAUACUUCCUUCGAAAGAUGGAAGGAUCUUCAUAGGUUUCCCUACCCAUCAAACAACAGGCCUCAACGCUCAUAUAUCGGCACCUUCUGUGAUUCCCACGGUCGAGAGGGAGAGUAUCGAUCUCAACACUCGAUAUAUUAGCAAGUGGAACCUUGAAAUGCUACGGGCGGCCGGCAUUGUCUGUCGUAUUGCUUGGACUGCGGAGAUGGCAUCCAUAAAAUCCAGGAUACACCCCGGAAAGAACGAUUCCAACUCAACCAAGAUCCGCAAAGAUGAUAUAGGCGAUAUUCUCCCCGAGGCCAUCCAUACCGCAAAUCAAUUUGUAUUUCGUGAUUCGACCCCAUCCUCAGUGCUGGGGCAGACAAUAGAGGACGCAUUCUGGACGUGCAACAAAAGCUCCUCGAUUGAAGUUCUGUCAACAUGCGGUGUAAUUCAGAGCCAUCAAGCACGCAUAGCUCCCAAGGAUCUCAGUUUCAUGGAUUCGAUUCCAGUUUUGCCAGAUGCUUUCGUGACAGGUGCUAAAGAUUUUGUCAAGAAAUUGACAGACUUUGGCCUGGUGACUGACAUCACUGUGUCCGACAUCAAGAAAGAGUUGGAGCGCACUACGUUGCGCUCUAGUCAAGUCAACGAGUUUCUUGCCUGGCUCAGUCGGAAGGCUGUUGCGGGUCAGCUCGAUACUUAUUCCGUUCAAAGUAUCCUUAGUGUUGCAGUAGCAAGCGACGAAGAGAGCGCCGACUCACAGGGCAAAUUGAUUGUCUUUGCGGGUAUCGCCAGCUUUCUGAAUCCGCAAAGAAUACCAGCAAGCUUGCCCUUGCCACCAUCAGUGGCACCAUUUAAAUUCACAAAGAAUCUUGGGAACAGAGAGCUGGAGGCAAUGGGAUGGACAGAAUUACAGGUUGUCACCUGGAUCCUUUGGUUGGUUGAGAAUGCUGGCAAUCGAAAUAUACUCCCAGCAGCUCAUGAUAUCACUCAGAAUCCGUCAUUCUCCGGGCAGGUUCUUCCAGUAAUAUCGAAGCAAUGGGAGUACUUUAGUCCGACAUCGAAGCAAACAGUGAGCAAUGUGCUGCAAUCGAAGACCAUUAUUCCAACCAAGCUGGGGAUGAAGACUCCACCCGAAACAUAUUUUUCUUCUGUUCGACUGUUCGAUGAUUUACCUGUUAUCCAUGGUCUUAAUGGUGUCAAGGAGAAGUUUUUGGCAUCAUUAGGAGUUCGUAAAACAGUUGAACUCGGAGUUAUUUUUGAACGUCUUCUGAACUCAUCUGAGUCCUCGGACUCAGGGAACAGCAGCGAGCGGAGGUGGAGCCAUGUCGAUUUGAUACGCUAUCUAGCAUCCGUUCAAGCAGACAUACCUUCGAAGGAUAUCAAGAGGCUUAAGGAUACGAGCCUCUGCCCAGCUGAAUACCACGAUGGGCAGACUUCUAAUGAAUCCAAGCGCGCUGAGACAACGCGCUACAAGAUAUGCGAAUUGUUUGAGCCUAAAGAUUCACUUCGGGCGCUUGGAUUGCCAAUCAUUCAGUGGCCCGGAAAGUAUCUACCUAGCAGCAAUGAGGGUAAAUUUUUAUCUAUGCUUGGCUUGAGGGCUUCUCCAUCCGCCGCAGACUUAGUUGAUACUAUGGCGAGAGCAGCCUCAGAGAAGAACUGGAGUUUGCACACAAGAGCCAUGUCAUACUAUAUCGCUGAGUAUCAUACAAGCGGCUAUGCUAUCUUUGACUGUGGCGCAAUCAAGGUUCCAUUCCUACCUGUCGAAGGGUCGGACACUUUAAGCACCCCUGGGAAAUGUUUUACUGAAGAGGGUGCUACACUAUUUGGCUUUCAGAUUCUCCGAAAGGAUCUUCAUCCGCAUGCCUCGAAGUUUGGAGUAAAGGAGCAUCCUGCUUUGAGCGAUUGUCUAGAUUGUCUUAUGCGCCUGCCGCCAUCUAACAAAAGAGACGCCCGGGUGGUAUUCAAGUACCUUGCCGGAAGGGUAUCGGAGCUCAGAUCCCGGGACAUCGAUCGUGUUAGCAAUGCUCAGAUUGUGCCCGUCUCGACUGCUCAUGACUCAAUGGACAACAAGUCUUCUGUGCGUCACGUGGCGCCCAAGCUCUGUUACCUGGGAGAAGGCGAGGAUUACAAGGACAUAUUUGAUUUCGUCGAUUUCGAUCAGGAGGCCAAUCUAUUUCUUAUGGCAGUCGGUUCCAAGCGUGAGCCAACGAAAACAGAGCUUGCGCAUAUGCUAGUAAGAGAGCCCGCAAGAGUAUCGGCAACUUUUCAAAGUGCAGAUAAGUAUCUCAAGUUGCUUAGAACGCUUGCAGAGCAUCUCCCGGUGCUCAAGAAAGAUCGAGAAUUGUUCCUGGAGAUGAAAAGAUCCGCGUUCCUUCUAUCCAGCAGAGACAUAACGUCUCUGGCUCAGGCGAAUGUCAGCAAUGAUGCCGCGGGCUCAGAAGACGAAGACGAAGAACAGAGCAUUAAGGAGUGGACUUUGACCGUCGCCAAGGAUGCAGUGGUUGUGGAUGACUUUCAAAGUUUCAAUUUGUUCAAGGAACAUGUUUUGGCCGCUCCACAAGAAGAGCUUCUAGAGAACUUCUACCUUUCUUUGGGAGCAGUGCCGCUGAGCAGCCUGGUCGAAGAGCGCGCUCAUUGGGGUGCAGUGGCAGCUGAUCAGAGUCCAGCAGCUAAAUUACAAAAGUUGAUUCACGAACGCACGAGACUCUUCCUGCAUGACCAAUCGUCGGAUUCCAUACGACACGAUGUGCGCUGGCUCGAAAAACAUCUACAAGUCCAGGUGGUACAAUCCAUUUCCCUCACUCGAUCUCUGAAGGGACGGCGUAUAUCUCAUACUCAGAAGCGAAGUGCAAUCAUCACCCAGCAGCCAUCGCGGAACUGGAUGUUGUGGAUAUGCCCGGGCAGAUACGAUCUUUAUGAAAUAAGUCAGGCUCUGGUGCAUCUCAUUCUUGCUAGACCGAAGCUUCAUUCGACUCUGACCCUGGAAAUGCUCCUAAAGACCGAUCUCCUGGAGUUGAAAGCUCGCGGGUACAAUGUCGAACGUAUUCUCAAGCAGAAGGCCCAAGAAGCAAGGGUGGCAGAAGACAGGCGACAGAAGCAGCUUGAGGAGGAACGACACCGCUUGCAGGAAAGAGAAGCCGCCUGGGCUCAAGGCCAGACUCAGGUGCAGAGCCAGAGUCAGACACGCUCGCACACAACGGAAGAUGAGCGGCAGCUUAUGCCAGGCGACUUCCCCGAUUCUCCCUCGAGCAGAAAUUCUUCCCGUGAUUUGCAGGUUGACAGGUCGGAUCAGGCUCAAAACCAGAAGCCGCGCGGGUUUCUGGCCAAUUUGACCAAGCGGUUUGGGCUUGAGGGUAACCGGUCGCCUUGGAAUGCCCUCAACGGGGAGUCUUCGAACACGCCAGUCCCUGGACCCUCUGAAAAUGCUACACCUCCUCCACCUUACUCCGUCCAAGAUCCACAGCAAAAGUCUCGUCCGGAAGCACCGGUCGCUGCCAACUCUCCUCAUCGCCUGCAAUCCGAAUUGCUUUCGGCGGUUCAGGCGUGUCGACCCCAUGGUUCGUCCGAUGUCUAUACCCGACCACAAACGAAUCAGGUUACAGAAACCAAGUCCUACUGCGAUGAGAAACCAAGCCAUGAUCUUGAAUUUGUGGCUACUCUUGCUUGUGGCAUCCAUGUGCUAUUUGUCAAAACCCUUCCCGACCGAUCGGCUUUCCUGGCAAAGAAUAGUCUUGGAAUCAACGUUUUCGCAUCCCUGCUGAUCGACUGUGCUGAUGUCUUUUCACUACGCUUCGACAUCAUCAGCGUCUUUUAUGACCCGGGAAAGACCAUUGCUUUCAAUCGGGCCGGUAGCAUUUUUUGCAACUACUUCUUCUUCCAGCAGCUGCACGAGAAGCAGCUACUCCAGAACUCUGCUGGCACUCGAUCCGAAGCACUGAUUUAUUGGUGGGUGAUCUUGUGCCAUGAACUGGCGCAUAAUCUUGUCGAGGAUCACAGUUCCGCACACAGUUUCUACACUGAAGGAUUCGUUGCGCAGUACUUCCCUAAAGUUGCGGCCAAGCUUGUGAUCCCCAGUGAGGGAAAUUGAAACCUCGAGCGGAUGUUGAUGAUGAAUUGGCAUUGGUCGCCUCGUUGGUUAAGUCUUUGUUGAGUUGAGUUUAGACAGACAUGAUGAUGAUGGUGGUGUCUGCUUUAGAGCAUGCUAUCAUGGGAUUCGUCCGGCAUAGAGUAAGCGUCAGAUGAUUUACUUUACUUUACGUCUAUAAUAUAGCUCUAGCUAGUGUCGAGUACUCGAGUCCAAUCCAGAGGAUGCAGGGCGUUUUCAGUGGUUGGUUUUAUGGUUAUCAUGUAUGUACAUUUGUG